CCAGAAUUUUUCAGCAGGAUUUUCCCUUCAGUGAAAACAUAGAUGGACUUGGGAAAGGACCCAGGGGAAAAGGCUGAAGCCACAGCUGUGGCUGUGUGAGCAUGAACUGGUAGACGUGCCCUCGUUUGCCUCAGUCUGUCUCUCCUGUUUGUUCUGUUUUUAGCCAUGAAGGACGAGGAAGAUGUGUGCCCAGAGGCUGGCUUCUGUCUGGGCGCUGCCCUGCGCUCCUGGGCACUGCAGUUCAUGGAGGAGCGUUCCUGGUCCACCAUGCUGACUGGGGCUGCGAUUGGAGCCCUCCUGGCACUGGCCUUCACUGGCAUAAUCAUCUUCUUUGUCCAUAGAAGGGUCAAGCGAUUUUGACAAGUGCAGCCCAUUCCUCAGUACAGGUUCCGGAAGAGAGACAAAGUGAUGUUUUACGGCCGGAAGAUCAUGAGGAAGGUGACCAUGCUCCCCAACACGCUUGCUGGGAACACAGCUGCACCCCGGCAGCGGGCCAGGAAGAGGACCAAGGUGCUGUCUUUGGCCAAGAGGAUUCUACGCUUCAAGAGGGAAUACCCCACCCUGCAGCCAAAGGAGCCCCCGCCCUCCCUGCUGGAGGCCGAUCUCACAGAGUUUGAUGUGAAGAAUUCUAACCUGCCAUCAGAAGUUCUGUACAUGCUGAAAAAUGUUCGGGUCUUGGGCCACUUUGAGAAGCCACUGUUCCUGGAGCUUUGCAAACACAUGGUCUUUGUGCAGCUGCAGGAGGGAGAACACAUCUUCCAGCCAGGGGAGCUGGACACCAGCAUCUACGUGGUGCAGGACGGGCGGCUGGAGGUCUGCGUCCAGGACACGGAUGGCACUGAGGUGGUGGUCAAAGAAGUUUUGGCGGGAGACAGUGUCCACAGCCUCCUCAGCAUCCUGGAUGUCAUCACUGGUCACACUGCACUGUACAAAACAGUCUCUGCCCGUGCGGCCGUCCCAUCCACCAUCCUCCGGCUUCCAGCUGCAGCUUUUCAAGGAGUUUUUGAGAAAUAUCCUGAAACCCUGGUGAGGGUGGUCCAGAUCAUCAUGGUGCGGCUGCAGAGAGUGACCUUCCUGGCUCUGUACAACUACCUGGGUCUGACCACAGAGCUCUUCAACCCUGAGAGCCAGGCCAUUCCUCUUGUGUCUGUAGCCAGUGUGGCCUCCGGAAGGGCCAAGAGGCAGAUGUCCUGUGGUCCCGAAGAGCAGGUCGUGAGGCCACUGCAGCCCGCAGAGUCCUGUGAUUCAGCACAUGGAGGCAGCUGCUCAGCAGCCUCUGGGCCCCUGCUGAAGAGGAGCCACUCCUUCCCUCCGCCUUCCGUGCACAGAGAGGCCUCGGUCAAGCUUGGGAAGUUCCAGGCAGUUGACUCUGACCCUUCGGCCCCACAAGGGGGCCCAGCAGGUGCCACCUCAGACCUGGGGAUGGCGUGUGACCGUGCCAGGGUCUUCCUGCAGCCAGAUGAGUACCCCAGGCACCCUGCGGCCAGCAAGUCCAAGAGAAAUGUGGUUGUUGCAGAGGUCCCCUCUGCGGUCUUCCACUACUCAGAGAGCCACUUGGAUGAGACUGUCACCAGCAGGAAGACGGACGCCAUCUUCAGAGCCGCCAAGAAGGACCUUCUCACCCUGAUGAAGCUGGAUGACCCGUCCCUGCUGGAUGGCCGGGUGGUGCUUCUCCAUGUCCCUGCAGGCACUGUGGUGUCACGACAGGGAGACCAGGACGUCAGCGUCCUCUUCGUGGUCUCGGGGCUGCUGCAUGUGUACCAGCGGAAGAUCGACAGCCAGGAGGACACCUGCCUGUUCGUCACACACCCUGGGGAGAUGGUGGGCCAGCUGGCAGUGCUCACGGGCGAGCCCCUCGUCUUCACCAUCAAGGCCAACAGAGACUGCCGCUUCCUGUCCAUCUCCAAAGCCCACUUCUACGAAAUCAUGCAGAAGCAGCCGACGGUUGUCCUGGGUGUCGCGCACACCGUUGUGCAGAGGAUGUCCUCCUUUGUGCGACAGAUUGACUUUGCUCUGGACUGGGUGGAGGUGGAGGCCGGACGUGCAAUAUACAGGCAGGGGGACAAGUCCGACUGCACAUACAUCGUCCUCAGCGGCCGGCUGCGCUCUGUGGUCCGGAAGGGCAACGGGAAGAAGCGCCUGGCGGGGGAGUGUGGCCGUGGUGACCUCGUUGGCAUGGUGGAAACGCUGACCCACCAGGCCAGGGCAACCACAGUGCACGCUAUUCGGGACUCAGAACUGGCCAAGCUGCCGGCCAGAGCCCUGACGGCCAUCAAGCGCAGGUAUCCGCAGGUGGUGACUCGCUUGAUCCAUCUCUUGGGUGAGAAGAUCCUGGGCAGCCUCCAACAGGGACCUGUGAGAGGGCCUCCUCGCUGUUUCGUGAGCACUGCCCUCUCCUGCCUCCUGCCUCUGUGCCCACUGUUUCCUCUGCCUGAGCACCCCUCAAGAAAGCCAGCUGCCCCCACAUGUCCUGCACCCACAUUCUUGGCACAGCCUCCCUGACCUCCCUGCCCACCCCCAGUGCCCUCAGUUCCCCUUUUCUGCUUCAU